AUGGAUACACCAGGAAUACCAGCUGAAAACCGUGAGAGUAUUCUCAAAGACGAUGGCGAACAGCAGCAGCAGCAGCAGCGAGAGUACCCUUUCGAGAAUCGUGAGGACGUCAUGAUCGUCAACAGUGUCGGGAAGUGGCAAUCUCUGCUUGCAUCGGUAGAUUGUGACCUGCCUCGUCACCGAAUCGAUCUGGGGACCUUGAGACGAGUCUACGGCCACCAAGUGACGUUCACUCCAGAUGAACACUCUCACCCGGGUUUCCCUGGCAGCUGCAUCGGCACGAUCACGUUGAGAUGCAAUUCGAAGGACAGUCCCGAUGGCUUCAAGGGGGAAUUCUGCAUAGUUAGCAGCGACGACCGGGGUGUGAUCCUGACCAGGUCAUUGAGACAACGUCCUUGGCAGAACGCCCUCCCUGUCGCAAACAAGAGUGACCUGAGCACCAAAGAAAAACAGCGACAGAAGGAAGAGGCCAAAAAAGAGGCCAAGCGGAGAGAGAAGGAGAAGAGCAAGAAGAAAGAAGAGGACCGGCACGAGAAGGACAAAAAGAUAAGAGGAGAGUCUUCGAAGUAG